UUUUUGUGACAGAGGUAUAAUCGAAAUCUUCUAAUUUUAGCAAUUGGGUUGUUAUUGGGGCAGUAAGAAUAGGUAAUUUUUCUAAUUUUAGCCCAAACAGUUUGGGCCUACGAAUAUUCCGAUGUAUGGUAGUUAAAUGUGGUUGGAAUAAUCAGCAUUCGCGGGAAAUGAAGUUGAAGCUAUGGAUAUGAUUUUAGCAACCACGCCACCGGCUGAGUUCUCCACCGCCCCGCGCCACCACCAUCACUACCGAGUCCUCCACAUUUUAACUCAAUCCGCCACCGUUUCCCUCCCUCACCUCAAACAAAUACACGCGAAAAUCCUCCGCACCGCUCCGCCUCCUCACCAGAGUCCCCAAACCGUCUAUCUCUUCAGCAGGCUGCUUCACUUUUCCGCCUUGCAAGAUCUAAUCUACACACUGAAACUCUUCCAGAACAUUCCAAACCCUAACACCUUCGUCUAUAACACUCUAAUUAGAUCUUACGCCCACAGCAAGCUCCACAAAAAGCGAGCCUUUUCCGUCUUCCAACAACUCCUUGAACAAGAGAGCUUGCUUCCUGAUAAGCACACGUUCCCGUUCGUGCUCAAAGCUUGCGCCUUUUUAUUCGAUCUGCGCCAGGGGAAACAAGCUCACGCGCAAGCUCUGAAACGCGGCUUCGCAUCCGAUGUGUACGUGAGCAACAGUUUGAUCCAUUUCUACGCCUCGUGUGGCCUCCAGGAGGAUGCGAGCAAAGUGUUCGAUAAAAUGCCUGAGCGAAGCUUGGUGUCGUGGAAUGCGAUCAUCGACGCGCUUGUGCUAGCGGGAGAUUUCGAUGAAGCGUUGAGAAUGUUUGCGAAGAUGAUUCCGUCAUUUGAGCCGGACGGGUACACGGUGCAAAGCGUGAUCGAUGCCUGCGCCGGUUUGGGGGCAUUAUCCAUGGGGAUGUGGCUGCACGCUUAUGUAUUGAAUAAGUGUGUGAUCGAGCCCAGUUUUGAUGUGUUAGUGAAUAAUUCUUUGAUAGAGAUGUACUACAAAUGCGGCUCGAUGAGAAUGGCUCUUCAAGUACUUGAAUCGAUGCAUAGCCGUGAUGUGAAUUCGUGGAAUGCUGCAAUUUUAGGGCUUGCAGCGCAUGGUGAAGCAGAGAGAGUGUUUGAGCACUUUGAUCGAAUGAUCAACGAAGACAAUCUCCGGCCUAACUCCAUCACCUUCGUCGGUGUAUUGAGCGCUUGCAAUCACAGAGGCUUGGUUAACGAGGGGCGUAGAUACUUUGAUUUGAUGGCGAACAAGUACAAUGUGGAGCCGGUCUUGCAGCACUACGGCUGCCUGAUCGACCUCCUUGCACGCAGGGGGCGUAUAGAUGAAGCGCUUGACAUUGUGUCGAGCAUGCCUGUGAAGCCGGAUGAUGUGAUAUGGAGGAGCCUUCUCGACGCUAGCUGCAAGCAAGGCGAAGGGAUCGAUCUGAGCCAAGAAAUGGCAAAGCGCCUGAUGGAAGGCGAUGGGGGCGAAAGCAGCGGAGCCUAUGUUCUUCUUUCAAGGGUGUUUGCAUCCGCUAAUCGAUGGGAUGAAGUGGGAUUGAUCAGGAAACUAAUGAUGGAUAAGGGUGUUGAUAAAGAACCCGGGUGUAGCUCAGUCGAGGUGGAUGGUGUCGUUCACGAGUUUUUCGCAGGAGACACGACGCAUCCAUGUAGCAGAGAGAUUUACCAGUUCUUGAAGUGGAUUGAAGAGAGGGUGAAGAUGGCAGGGUAUGUUCAUGACUUGUCGCAAGCGCCUUUGGUCGAUGAGGAUCGAGACGGGAAGGGGGAUUCUCUCAGACUGCACAGCGAGAAGCUGGCGAUAGCUUUCGCACUGCUGAACUCGAAGCCAGGGGCGGCGCCUGUACGUGUAUUCAAGAAUCUGCGCAUAUGCAACGACUGCCACAAUUUUAUCAAAUUGAUCUCGAGUGUUAUGAAUGUGGAGAUUAUCAUCAGAGAUCGCCUUCGUUUCCAUCGCUUCAGCAAUGGCUCAUGUUCUUGCAUGGAUUUCUGGUAAUGUUUUCAUUACUUCACAUUGUUAAUUAUUGUAUCAUAAGAUUCAUAAGCGAACAAUAUUCAUAAACAAUCAAUCCCACACCAUGUUUAUUUGAUUA